AUGAUUCAUAGUCAAUCAAUUGAAAUUCUUGAAUCUGGACAAAUUUAUUCAUCAACAAAAUCUAUUGGUACUGUGCUCUAUAUUAAUCUUUUCAAUCAUCUUCCUAUAUCAAUUCAAAUAUCAGGUGUAGUUGAACGUUGUUGUAAAACUAUGGAUUAUUGUAUACCAGUACGUAUUCUUGGUGGUAAUUUUGGUGAAUGGAAAUCAUAUGUUAAUCAAACAAUAAUUUUUUUUUGGCCUUCUAUGAAAUGGAAAUAUAUAAAUGAUAAUUAUUUUUGUCAAGUAUCUUUAUUAUUUAGAUUUCAAAAUCAUAUGACAUAUUCAAAAUUAAUAAAUAUUAAAAUAAAUUAUAUACCAAUAAAAAAACAAAUUAAUGAAUAUUUAUUUCAAAUAAAUAAUUUAUCAUAUAAUAUCUAUCCAAAAUGUAAUCAUUAUUUUAAUAUUCAAACAAAUCAAUGUGAAACUCUUAAUAAUCUUAAACGAAAAUUUUCAUUUAAUUUUUCAUCAUUAUUUAUUCCAUUUAAUCAUCGAUAUUUAUCAACAAAAUGUAUACAUGGUAUUCAAUCAUUAUAUGAAUGUUAUUGUUAUAAAAAUUUUAUUUCUAUACCUAUUAAUCAAAAAUUUUAUCAUCCAAAAACUUAUAUUCAUCAACUUUGUACACAUUUAUUAAAUUAUGAAAAUUUUAAUUUAAAUUUAUUAAUUAUAAUUACUAUUAUUCUAUUUAUAUUAUAUAUUAUUAUUUUAAUUAUUUCAUCAAUUUUUAUUUGUACUUAUUAUAGACAAAUAGAGCAUAAUAAUAAACAAAAAUUAAUAAUAAAUCAACGAUUUUCUCUUAUUGAAAUUUCUUCUGAACUACAGAUUAAUAAUAGUAAUAGUUGUACAUCAUUGUUAAUUGUAGAUUAA